GAAAACGAAAGAACACGGGGAAAAAAAGGAAACUAGAGAAAAAAAAAACAAAACAGAAAGCUACGUAAGAGGGAAGGCUAAAUCGAAAAGGGAAAAAGAGACUCGUUGAGAGGCUACUACCGGUCGUCGAGUGAAACGAGAGGGGGCUGUCACGUUGAGAGACGCCGUGUCGCGAGAACGAGAGAAGGGGAGAAAUCUCCGUGCGACGAUACGAAUAGCGAGUGCACGAGAAGCCGAGGUAGAGGAGCAAACGUUUCGGACAGGCUUUGUUUCGUGUUUUGCGAGCAACGAAAUCGAGAAAGGAAAAAACGACGACGAGUUAUAGAGCGCGAAACGAAAAGAGAGUGUGGAACGAUCGUAAACGUUUGCGCAUUUCCAAAAAGCAAUUGAAUCUUCUCCGAGCCCCAAAGCCCCCCCCCCCCUCAAAUAAACGACCCCGACCCCGAUUAAGAUACCUAGCUUGACGAGCGAAAAACUAGCUAAAAAAAAAACCGAACCCUUUUGAACCAACCCUGUUGGAUUAAUGCUACUUUGUAUUUUCUUUGUUUUCUCUUCUCUGUCUGUCUGUCUCACACGAUCCCGUGUUCCCCGCUGUGCUCGUUCGCUCACCUGCUCACCUGCCCUCAACCAACUACGUAUAAAGUACGUAGUGAAGUGUGUGAUUGUCGCCAUUAAAACGAUUGGCAACAUUAUGUUGGUCACCUAUCUCCUACAGUUCAUGUUCGCUGUUAUCGGGGUACAGCUGUUUAAGGGCAAAUUUUUCUCUUGUUCCGACGCAUCGAAGAUGACGAAGGACGAAUGCCAGGGCACGUACCUCGAGUUUGAUAACGGCAACAUCAACAAGCCGGUAAUGAAGGAAAGGACCUGGGGCCAGAAUCGUUUCCAUUUCGACGACGUGGCGAAAGCGAUGCUCACGCUAUUCACCGUGUCGACGUUCGAGGGCUGGCCGUCAUUACUAGACGUGUCGAUCGACUCUAACAAGGAGGAUCAUGGACCAAUUCAUAAUUUUCGGCCGAUAGUGGCCGCGUACUACAUUAUUUACAUCAUUAUCAUAGCAUUCUUCAUGGUGAACAUCUUCGUUGGUUUCGUUAUUGUCACUUUCCAGAACGAGGGUGAGCAAGAGUACAAAAACUGCGAGCUCGAUAAGAAUCAGCGGAAUUGCAUCGAGUUCGCGUUAAAGGCGAAGCCAGUGCGACGAUACAUACCGAAGCAUCGAAUACAGUACAAAGUCUGGUGGUUCGUCACAUCUCAGCCGUUCGAGUACACCAUUUUCACUCUGAUCAUGAUUAACACCGUGACCUUAGCGAUGAAGUUUUACCGGCAGCCGGAGAUCUACACGGAAGCGUUAGACGUUCUUAACAUGAUCUUCACUGCGGUCUUUGCCCUGGAGUUUAUCUUUAAGUUGGCGGCCUUUCGAUUUAAGAACUACUUUGGCGACGCUUGGAACGUUUUCGACUUCAUUAUCGUUCUUGGAAGUUUCAUCGACAUCGUCUAUUCCGAGGUCAAUCCUGGCUCCACCAUCAUUUCCAUCAAUUUCUUUCGGCUGUUCCGUGUGAUGCGACUGGUGAAGUUGCUGAGCAGGGGCGAGGGCAUCAGAACGCUCCUCUGGACUUUUAUCAAGUCCUUCCAAGCUCUGCCAUACGUAGCUCUGUUGAUUAUAAUGCUGUUUUUUAUUUAUGCUGUGAUAGGCAUGCAGGUAUUUGGAAAGAUUGCAAUCGACGACGAAACGUCGAUAGACCGAAACAACAAUUUUCAAUCUUUUCCACAAGCGGUGUUGGUUCUGUUUCGAUCGGCUACAGGCGAAGCUUGGCAGGAAAUAAUGAUGGACUGUUCGGCGCUGCCCGGCAAAGUGAAGUGCGAUCCGAACAGCGACGAAGCAAAAAAUCUAAAUGGUUGCGGAUCCGACAUUGCAUUUCCCUACUUUAUAUCUUUCUACGUUUUAUGCUCGUUCCUCAUCAUCAAUCUAUUCGUCGCUGUGAUCAUGGACAAUUUCGAUUACCUGACGAGGGAUUGGUCGAUCCUUGGUCCUCACCAUUUGGACGAGUUUAUUCGUCUAUGGUCCGAGUACGAUCCCGAUGCGAAGGGUCGUAUCAAGCAUCUGGACGUGGUGACUCUUCUGCGAAAGAUCUCGCCGCCGUUGGGCUUCGGUAAACUCUGUCCCCAUCGCGUCGCGUGUAAAAGGCUGGUCUCGAUGAACAUGCCGUUGAACAGCGACGGCACGGUCCUGUUCAACGCGACGUUGUUCGCCGUGGUGAGAACGUCGCUGCGAAUUAAGACCGAGGGGAACAUCGACGACGCAAACGCCGAGCUGAGGGCCGUGAUUAAGAAAAUUUGGAAGAGGACCAGCCCGAAGCUUCUGGAUCAAGUGGUGCCGCCGCCUGGAGGCGACGACGAGGUAACCGUUGGCAAAUUCUACGCGACCUUCUUGAUCCAGGACUACUUCAGAAGAUUUAAAAAGCGUAAAGAGCAAGAAAUGAAGGACGGCGACAAGGAGUGUCACAACACUGUUACGCUUCAGGCUGGUCUGAGGACUUUACACGAAGCGGGGCCCGAACUGAAGAGAGCCAUUUCUGGGAACUUGGAAGAGCUCCUCGACGACAAUCCGGAACCUAUGCAUAGGAGGAACCAUUCGUUAUUCGGCAGCGUUUGGUCGAGUAUGAGAAAAGGGCACCACAGUUUCAACCGAGCCAGAUCGCUCAAGGUGAAUUCCACGACCCUCAAGGCUUCCCCGACAAAUUCCAUAGACUUCCUGCCGUACUCGUCGCUUCAGAGAGGAAGCGGCCACGACCCGGCGAACCAAAUCACCGCGAGGUCCCAUCAAGUUGUGCCAAACGUAGCGGGCGGUUUAAGCGACAGCGCGAUGAAUCAAAUGGGAAUCGAGCCCAAGCUCACGGGUAUCGAGGAGAACAUCCCGCUGAGGCCAUUGCCCGUGUUUGGAAAUCCCGUCCAGCAGCAAUUCUAUCACCACGCCCCUUACAAAGUACUCGAGUGUUGCCCGUGUCGCGCGGUGCGUCCGACGCGCGUCGACCUCGUCGCGGCUGCUCGACGCAGUCUUCAGGACGGAAUCGAGCGGCAGCUGACGCCACCGACGCCACCACCCCGAAGGAACCCACCCCCGUCCAUUGAUCCGAGCACCGGCACCUUGCACACUGUGCAAAUCUCGUCCGGCAAGUCCGCCAGCGCAACGACGUCGAUCGCCACGUGCACGAACACGUCCACCGCUACGACCAGCCCGAGCCUCGGCUCGUCCUCCAACGGGGCACGAUGUUACGCGACCAGAGGCUGCUGCGUCGAUUGUGCCGUCUGGAAUAAUCACGCCAUAGAUCGCGAGGACGGAGACUCGUCGGUGACGAGCGAGUAUAGCGAGUCCGGCGUCUCGGGGAGUUCAGGAAGUUCGGAGAGUUUAGGAGGAUCCGAUGGUUCCGGAGGGUCUAGCUGGAGCAACUCGGAGAAGGUCGUCGCGGGAGUGCGUCGCCGCGGAGGCUCGCUGUUGACGGUAGCGUCGCUGUGCCGCGUUCGAGGUCGCCGCGUCGGCAAAUCGGCACCGUCCAGUUUCCGAAACCGCGAGACCACCAGCAGCGGAGGCUGCAAUAAGAGCGGCGAAGGCGCUGGUAAAGCCGGCCAAGGCGACGAGGGCGGCCAGGUGGGCCAGGUGGGCCAGGUGGGCCAGGCUGCCGCUGGCCAAGGAGGCGGUGGACAGUCGAGCAGCUCGACGACGUCCGCGAGUACCGGAUUCGCGCAUAGCGUCGCCAACGGCCUCAAGCUCGCCCAGACCCAGGCCAUCGCUGUCGCUGGCUUCCUCGCCGACGUCGACUCGCGGCACGAUCGCGUCUGCGCCUCCUGUCUCUCGCAUCGGGCCUCUUACCACGGCAGAGUUUCCUGGGCCGGAGAGAGUAACGGAAGCAUCGGCGCAGAGCGCCUGUCCCACAGCUUGCCGGGCAGUCCUGCUGAUCGGAAGCCGAACUUCGAGGUCAUCGGUAGCGCGGAAAGCUUGGUCGGUCGAGUUCUCGUUGAGCAAGGACUGGGCAAGUAUUGCGAUCCAGACUUCGUGAGAUACACGUCGCGAGAGAUGCAGGAAGCGCUGGACAUGACGCGCGAGGAGAUGGACCGGGCGGCGCACCAACUUCUCCUGCAGGAACGUCGCGGGCAACCGUUGUCGUACCAGUUGCAGCAGGGAGCGGAGCAACAAUGGUUGCCGGCCUAUCAGCCGAUACAACCGAGUCAGCAGGCGACAGGGAUCGGGUACCAACCGCUGCAGGAGCAGCGACCGCCUGGCACGCGACAGUAUCAUCGAUCCUACUAUCGCGGCGAUGGGCAAACGGCCGCGACCUCGGACUCGUCGCAGCAACAGCAACAACAACCGCCACCAUCUUAGCGACGCGACGCCACGUCGCCCUGUAAAUCGUGUUCCUAAACGUUCUCUCGUUCACCUAGCCAAACGAGAACAACACUUACGUCCCAGGUAACGUUGGCUGUCUGUCGUUUCGGCGAAGACGCGCCCCAACAGACCAGCCAGCAGUCUCGAGCGAGCAGCGAAACGCGACUCUUGUUGCGCGUCUCUCGCAUUCGCACUCGGUAAAGAUGAAGAAAGAAAAGGGUGAAAACUUUGGAUCCUCGACGUUUCUCACGACGUUUCUGGCGCGUAGGGUAAACGACGUCGGUCGACAGAUGAUCGGCAGUUGACGAUUGUGGGAAAAAGAGGAGAACGUGGCAAGGAAGAAGGCUUUCGACGCGAUCGGGAGAGGAUCGGCUGACGCAAGCAAUAAAGCUACGAGAGCAACGUCG